AUUAUAAAUGUGACAUUUCUUUUCUCAAUAAUUUUUUUUUCUUAUAAAGAAAAGAAGUUAAGGAGAGUCCAAAACAUGAAAACGAUAAGGCCGUCCUAGGGUCUUUUUCCUUAAACCCUUUUCCUUCCCAACAACACAGAGAAGUGAGAACAGCGACUCCAAACAAACAGUAGCAAUUUUCAAUCCUAUUAUUGCUAUCAAUGGCAUCUCAGGUGAUAAGAGAAUGGGUCGGAUUUCAGCAGUUUCCAUCGGCCACUCAAUCAAAGUUACUUGAAUUGAUAAGAAAAUCAAAGCAGGAGAGGCGAAAUACAUUAACAGUCCUAGUAAUGGGGAAAGGUGGUGUUGGAAAAUCUUCAACUGUUAACUCAAUUUUAGGGGAAAGAGCAGUUACUGUCAGCGCGUUUCAGUCAGAAAUACCAAGACCAGUGAUGGUUUCACGCUCUUGGGAAGAAUUUACGUUGAACAUUAUCGACACUCCUGGGCUGGUUGAAGGAGGAUAUGUCAAUGACCAGGUUCUUGAUCUCAUAAAGAGGUUCCUCUUGAACAACACAAUUGAUGUUUUGCUCUAUGUGGAUCGUCUUGAUUCAUAUAGAGUGGAUAAUUUGGAUAGGCAGGUUGUGAAGGCCAUAACCGAUAGUUUCGGCAAGGAAAUAUGGCGUAGAGGACUUGUUGUCCUUACACAUGCUCAGGUGUCCCCUCCUGAUGGAUUGCGUUAUGAUGAGUUCACUUCGAGAAGAUCAGAGGCGCUUCUGAAAAUUGUCCGCCUGGGAGCUCGAAUUAGGAAACAAGAGGUCAAGGCUUCUUCAAUUCCUGUUGUUUGCGUUGAGAACAGUGGGAGAUGUAACAAGAAUGAACUUGACGAAAAGAUUCUUCCAAAUGGAACUGCUUGGAUUCCCAGUUUACUCCAAACUAUUACCGAUGUUGUCUUGAGCGAAAGCAAUGGUAUCUUGGUUGAUCAAAAAUUGAUCGAAGGACCAAAUCCCAACAAUAAGGGCAAAUUACUGAUUCCUCUUAUCUCAGCAUUCCAGUAUCUCUUUGUUGUGAAAAGGAUCCAGAAGUGGAUCAAGAAUGAUAUUGCAAGAGAGAGCAGACCUUCAUGGGCGUAAGCAAACCAUCAGGAUGGGUCUCGUUUAAUCCAAUUUACUUAAUUUCCCUUUUGUUCUUUGUAGUACUUUUGAGUUUUCGUUGCCGUAAGUUCUGUUCAUCUUUGGUAAUAUUGUACUAGUAGUUAUGUGUUUUUGUUAAUAUUGGAGCAGUUGUAGUCAGUGAUAUUAGUUUGUGCAUCAAAUGUAUUUCUAUUUCUUUAGUUGAGCCUAGCUUUAUCCUUUCGAUACUUUGUUUCUGAAGUUAUUGAAGUGUGUCCACUUUUAUCUA